UGUACGUCCAUCGAGACGUUGACAAUAACACGCGCUCACGUGAUCCAUUUUAUCUCCGCCGAAAGCUUGCCCCGGUACGUCAAUCAGAUACUUCCGCGGCGGUUCGAAGUAAAAGUCCACCAUUUCCGUGUUCCUUCCCUCGCCGACGAGUGUACUAUGAUCGCGGCGACCUAUAUAACCUAAUCAAAUUUCAUUUGUUUCUAUUGUCGAUUUCCCGCUGAUUCCAGAUCAAAUCACCAUGCCACCUCCGCUACCUUCCCAACACCGCGGUAUGACCGCAAACCCCCUCAAACCUAGCCGGUACCGACCUGGAAAACCGAUUGCCGAAGAGCCCUCGUCAUCUGAGGAAGAGGAAGAGGAAGAUGAAGAAGAACAGAUCAAGGAGCAGGAGCGACGCAGGUUGGAACAACAGCGCAGGCAGCGGGCGCAGGCGCCGAAGGCGACUUCUUUCCCCGGUGGGAGCAUUACUAAGGGAGUGAAGAAUGUGCAAAUAGAAGAGGAUGAGGACGAGGAGGGCUUCGUUACUGAGGAAGAGGAGGAAGAGUCGAAACCUGCCCCUCGUGUUGCUGGCGACAAAGGAGGUGCGGCGGCCGCAGCUCCUGUUCAGGCAGCCAGUGGACCGGUGAGCAAAGAGGAAAGUGAGGAGGAAGAGGAAGAGGAGGAGAGCUCUGAGGAAGAGAGUAGUUCGGAGGAGGAGACGCCGAGGAGGGUUCUUCUACGACCUACAUUUAUCAAAAAGGACAAGCGCAACAAUGCAGCAAAUCAGACACAGAAUGGGCAGGGAGCAGCACCUAAAACAACCGCUGCGGAUUCAGCGGCGGAGGCAGAGGCCCGCAGAGCGCAACGACAAGAAAAGGCCGAUAUGUUGGUGCGCGAGCAAUUGGAGAAGGACGCAAUCGCCCGGAGCGCUGCAAACAAGCAAUGGGAUGACGAUGAAUUAGAGGCAGUUGAGGAAAGUGGUCUUGACGAUAAGGAUGGAGUAGACCCCGAAGCUGAAUAUGCCGCCUGGAAACUCCGCGAACUCAAGCGCGUCAAGCGAGAGCGUGAGGCAAUCGAAGCCGCCGAGAAGGAGCGCGAAGAGGUUGAGCGUCGUCGGAACUUGACAGCGGAGGAGCGUGAACGCGAAGACCGCGAAUUUAUUGCCAAGCAGCAAGAAGAGAAGGAAGCUACUCGAGGACAGGGAGGAUUUAUGCAGCGCUACUUUCACAAGGGCGCCUUCUUCCGGGACGACCUGGAGAAGGAAGGAUUGGACCGGAGAGAACUCAUGGGUGCCAGAUUUGUGGACGAUGUAUCACGCGAAACUCUGCCUGAGUACAUGCAGAUUCGAGAUAUGACAAAACUUGGAAAGAAGGGUCGGACACGAUACAGGGAUCUGAGAACGGAAGACACAGGACGCUUCGGUGAUGGCUUUGAAAAUAGACGUCGUCGCGACGCUCCGGUCGGCGUCAGAGAUGAACGAUUCCUGCCAGAUCGGCCAGAUGACCGACCUAAGGGGCCUACGGGAGCCAAUGCUGGUCCGGUGCGGGAGAGACGGAGGUCGAGAUCUAGAUCACACUCACCAAGACGGGACCAACGACCUGACAGAAGGGAGCGUCGUGAGAGUCCCAGCCGGGACCGUUCGAGAGAUCGGCACGGCCCUGACUCAGGCAAUCGCAGGAAACGGAGCCCUUCUCCGUAUGACGAUCGCGAAAAGCGCAGACGGAUGAGAAGUGUUUCGUAAAGAAGCAACAGAAAAGUGCAAAUAGAAUCAUUUUAUUCCUAUUGGCGUUGUGGGUAUCUUGAAAGCAUGGGCGGGUUAGGGUUAUGACGCUUUGCAUUGAGAAACCAAUGUUUUUUUUUGCCUUUCCUCCUGUAUUUAAUGAGGCCUCAUCAGAGGUGACAUAAAUUAUACCGGGUUGCCUUCUGGUCGCAACUUGGACAAAUGAUCAAUUGGACAUCUGCUUAGGCACAUAUGUGUAGCACGAUGUC